GCGAGCGUCGGGCGUCCCUGACCAGUGCGACGUACCGCCAGCGCUCUGCUCACUUGGCCGCGCAUCCUCUUUUGAGCCCCGUCAUGGCGAACGCAUCACCGGUGUCCCUGGCGGCAACGACGGCUGCGCGAAUCGCAGGUCCGACAACGUCUGCUUCCAACACAACACUUCUUGAUGCCGAGUCGACUUCGUCGGAUAUUGCAUUCGUCAAGUCUCAAUGCGGGAACGCAACGAGCAUCACGAUCAACUCGACAGCGUCCAGUGUGUGCUGCAAUGCUAGCCCAUCCAUCGACCUUUGCGUUCGAUUCGUCACUUCCACCGCAGCCCCUGCCGAGGAACCAUGGGUCGUCUCGUCAUUGUCCGCCAUCGGCCAUGGGGACGUCGCUCUCCCGACCCUGGACCUCGCUCCUUGGCGAGCCCGCGCCUUCGCCCACAUCCACCUUCAAGGCGUCGAUUUUGGUGGCGCCCUUGCCGAAUCCAGCGUGAACUACACGGCGCUAAUUACUCUGGAGGUCGUGGGAUGCCAGUUGAAGUCGCUAGACGUUCCGUCCCCUUCCAAACUACAGCGCGUCGACUUGAGCCUGAAUCGCAUGACGUCGUUCCCAGACUCGCUCUUCCAGUCACCAUCCCUCGUGGCAGUCAACCUCACGGGGAACGCAUUUCCAUCUCCGCUUGUCGUCGUUGGCCAAACUUGCACGACCUUGCUCUCUUCUCCCAACAUCGUUGUCGGAGUCUCGGUGACAUGCCCAGCAGCGUGCAUUGCCGUCACAACGUGCACCAUGUCGACAGUCGGAAUGGACCUCUCACCCUCACAGCUGCCCGGCCCCACUACCGUCGAAGCCAGCUCGCCCAGCACCUUGCUCGUAGUUGCGGCAGCGGCCAUCCUGCUCCUUGCAGUCACCGCAGUUGUUUUUUGCCGUCGUCGGAUGCUACUUCGACAUGAGCAGCACCACCAACAACUCGCAUUUCACCGCCACCUACCUCUUUCCACUGCUGGGGGCUCCGACUCACCGCUCUUCACCCUCACGCGGGCCCCGGCCCUCAGCCCAUGCGGCAGCGACGGAUCGUUCGCCUUGCUUGGCACAAUUCGCCCUGACAUUGUGCUCCACGACCACAUGGUGACGCCAACGGCUCAGGCCCCCAACGACGCCACGAACGGAGUUUUGGCAAGUUCGAGACGCCUCUCACACGCUUUGUCUCGGUCAUUCGUUCAGCGCGAAGGCGAGCUCAACAGGCCACAACCCAUUCGACCGCUUCCAGCGACGCAACCAGUCGUCCACGUCGCGUCUUCGUUGGCGAUCCUGCCCUCGUCCGACGUCAUCAUGGUGUCUCCAGUUGCCCACGGCAGCUCCAUAUGGAACGUCAUGAUGCUCCAUCGUCCUUACAUUGGCAAACGCGUGCGCUACAUUGCGAUGGACAACGUCGCAAGGAACGAGUUCUUUCGAGACCUGAACGCGGCGGCGACACACCUCGUCCACCCCAACAUUGUGGUCUUGUACGGCAUCGUACACUUGCCAGACAACGACUUGUGCGUCGUGGCCGAGUGGAUGGCUCGCGGCUCGCUCGGCCUGCUCUUGCGCCACCAAACGCCAACGCCGCCGCGGCCCUACGUGAUGCCUCUAACGUGGUCGCAUAAGGUGCAACUCGCAUGGGACAUCGCAUCCGCACUCGCAUGCGUGCACUCCCAGCCCAACUUCAAACGGUCGGCGCCAUGGACAACGAGAGAUAUUCUUGUGAACGCCCACGGCCGCGCAAAGUUAAACGUGUUCGACUUCAUGGCAUCCAAGAGUGUCGAGUCGACGUAUGGUCACCAAGUGCUGGCGUACGAAGCGCCCGAAGUCGUGGCCCACCAGUGCAUGCGGUCGUCGACCUCGGACAUUUACACGUUGGGGGUCGUCCUCGGCGAGAUUGCGACGCGCAGCGCGCCGUACCAGCACUGGAUCGAUGCGCAUGGACACGUCGGGAGCGACGUGUGCAUCGUGGAGAUUAUGCAUGGGGCAGCGUCGGAAAACAUCCUUCCGCACGAAGAAGUCAUCAAGGCGAUGCGACCCGACGUCCCCGUUUCGUAUCAAGCGUUGAUAUCUGCGUGUUUGCAGCGCGACGUGUUGAAGCGCCCACUGGCCGUGCAUGUGGCCGACGAGCUCGCUCGGUGUCUCUGCGUCGAUCGAAAGACAACUUCGUAACGUGAAUCCUACAACGAUAUUCUACUUCUGGCGACGACACCACCACGUUCGAACCAACGCGCCAACGAAGUGCACGACGCUUGCCGGGCACUGACAAGUCAGCGCCUAUUGUAGCGAGUCCCCGAAGACAGACACGAGAGGUACAGCCAUGCAUUGUGCUGCGCACCCAGGAGGCGCCUGCUGGCUCGGACGGAGUGUUGAGUUGAGCGAGGCGCGCGGAGGGGUCGCUUGUGGGUCUG